CCCGCAGUCAACGCCUGUCAAUAGAUACCGCUCUGAUCACCACGUCACUUUCACCGCCACCGCCUACCACCACCACCUGCUUAAUUCCACUCGUCUAAUUUCGUUCGGCCCGACUUUACGUUUAUUCAUGCCUCGUAUGUCGGUGCGCGACAGUUUGACCGUUGCAUCGGGAAGGUGCAACUCGAACGAACACCGGGGCAGAAUGGCGCCAGCACUCAGCAAAUUCACGAAUAGACGCGCAUUGGGUAGCGUGGUGACAGCUGGUGCGCUCGUUAUUUUAAUACUGAAGUACCGCAACAAGAGACGUACACAGAAGUCAAGAAACCCGUGGCCUACCAACAAUGACAUCCAGUAUAUCAUCAAGGAGGAAAAGACGAAAAGCCCCAAGGCACAAGUUGAUGCUGUCUUCUUGCGCAGGAUUCUGCAGUUGCUCAAGAUCGGCAUUCCGGGUGUGCUGACACCAGAGUUUGGCAUAGUCUUUGUAGUGGCGGCUUCUUUGAUCGGCAGGACCUUGUGUGAUCUAUAUUUGAUUAGGAAGAGCACUCAGAUAGAAACAGCAAUUGUCAGCCAGAAUGUACCAUUAUUCAGGAAACUCUUGCUUUCCUUCUUUUAUGUAGGGCCUAUAGUAGCAGUCUUAAACAAUGUAAUGAAGUACAGUUUAAGCGAAAUGAAGUUGAGGUUACGCACAAAUAUCACACGUUACUUACUGGAUCAUUAUCUUAAGGGCUUUACUUAUUACAAAAUGUGCAACUUGGACAGUCGUAUCUCGAAUCCAGAUCAACUUUUGACUACAGAUGUUGAUAAAUUUUGUGAUAGCUUUGUAGAUCUUUAUAGCAAUGUAACGAAACCCUUGUUAGAUAUUGGUAUUUAUAUAUUUAAAUUAACUCCUAGUGUCGGCGCACAGUCACCAAUGACGAUAUUAGCGUAUUUGGCAUUAGCUGGCAUUUUCCUGAACCGUAUCCGCAAGCCCAUUGCACAAAUGACAGUGAAAGAACAACGAUUAGAAGGGGAAUAUCGUCACAUUAACUCCCGAUUGAUCACAAACUCAGAAGAAAUCGCGUUCUAUCAUGGGAACAACAGAGAAAAGUUGACGAUGUUGACCAGUUUCCAUAAACUCGUGAACCAUCUUCGUCAAGUCUUGGAGUUCAAAACUUUUAUGGGCAUCGUAGAUAACCUUGUUGCAAAAUAUCUCGCCACUGUGGUCGGUUUCUACGCGAUCAGUAUACCCUUCUUCCAAAAGGAUCACUCGAUACUCUCCGGCUCAUCGUCUUCUCAGCGCUUCAACUCUUAUUACACGAACGGUCGGAUGAUGGUUAGAAUGGCCGAAGCGAUCGGCCGGUUAGUAUUGGCUGGAAGGGAACUCACACGUUUAGCUGGAUUUACGGCAAGAGUCACCGAGCUCAAACAGGUCCUUGAUGAAUUGAACGCCGGCAAGUACAAGAGGACGAUGCUUACGGAUAGCAAGGAUGUUAUUGGUUAUCCCGGCGGCGGCAAGAUCAUACCGCGCGACAACCUCAUACGAUUCGAUUGCGUGCCGCUCGUCACGCCAAACGGAGACGUGCUCAUCAGAGAGCUAAGUUUCGAGGUGAAAUCUGGCGUGAACGUCCUGGUUUGCGGUCCGAACGGUUGCGGCAAAAGUUCCAUGUUCAGGAUUCUUGGCGAGCUGUGGCCAGUUUGGUCCGGAACGGUCACGAAACCACCGCGCGGUAAGCUGUUCUACAUCCCGCAACGUCCUUACAUGACGUUAGGUACCUUGAGAGAUCAAGUCAUUUAUCCUCAUACGAGGGCCGAGAUGCAGCGGCGCGGUAACAUUAGCGACAGCGAUUUAAAUAAAUUCUUGGACUUGGUGCAACUGACUCAUCUACUGGACAGAGAGAACAUUAGCAGCAGCGAAGGACAGGGCUGGGACGCGGUAGCCGAUUGGAUGGACGUCCUGUCGGGCGGCGAGAAACAGCGUAUAGCUAUGGCCAGACUGUUUUAUCACAAGCCGCAAUUCGCGAUCCUGGACGAGUGUACGAGCGCUGUCAGCAUGGACGUCGAGGACUCUAUGUAUAUGUACUGCAAGAAAGAGAAUAUAACAUUGUUCACAGUCUCACAUCGUCGCUCUCUUUGGAAACAUCACGAGUAUUACUUGCAAAUGGACGGACGAGGAAGCUACGAAUUCAAGCCGAUCGAACAAGACACGAUAGAAUUCGGAUCGUGAAUUCUUGCGUCCCUUGCAUACGCGCGAACAAGCGCGAGCGUGCAAGGGACAUCUAACGUAAUAUACUGUGGUAAUUUUAAUAGGGGACAUUUUCCGCGACAAAGACGACAGAAUACCGUAGAACGUUGCUAUUCUGUUCAAGUCUACGCGAGCUAUUUCCUAAUCUUAUAAAUGCAAUAAUUCCGUAGCUGUUGUUCCUAAUAUUCUAAUAUUAUGCGAUUAUCAAAUUUCUAUUCGUAAGUAAGUAUUUCAACAAUAUAAACAAAGAAAUUUACCAAAAUCACACUAAAACAUGUAGGUAUCAAUUUGAAGCUCAAAUGAUAAGCGAAUAUGAGAAGCAAACAGCAGGGCACAGCAGGAUUAGGUACGAAUCUUAUCUAACGCUCUUUAUAUUAUACGGUAAGCACGUUACGAAGUAGCGGUGAAUGACACGGUCAUUCAGCGUCAUCGAUCCCUUCACGCACUUAUAUAGUUAUUCAAAUUGCGAUAUAAUAUUGCACAAUAAUAUAUUUUUCUAUCGAUAUUUUGACAGGUUACAGUAAUGUAUUCUUGAAUGUACCUCGAGCUUUGAACGUAUGGCGUAAUACCUUUCAAAAUAAUACUUUUAAAACAUUAUGGCAAAAUACCUUAAAAAAAAAGUUCUGUUAUAUCUCCAAAUUGUUUUAGAUAAUUGAUGUGUAAAUAUUUGUAUAAGCGGAUAGUGCAUAGGCUUCUCAAAUGCGAAAACCCUCUGUUAAUUCUUAACAGUUAAUAUCGUCUCACGAAGCAAAGAUUUGCCACAUGUUAUCUACUAAAUAAAUUCAUUAAUAUAUUCCGCUGUACAACGGUUUCUAAUCUUGAGACAGGUUAUGGAAAAACGUAUCAUAUGACAGUGUAUGUAUACGAGUACACGCAUGAUUUGAUGAUAGAUUUUAUUACAGGACUUGUGUAAUGUAAUAUUUAUCAUGGUAUGUUAUACAUCAAUAGCAGGGUUGGGCAAGUUAAUUUCUUCUAACUAUAAGUUACGUUGAAAGAUAUUAACUGUUUAACUUAACUUUUACCUGAUUAACUAAUUAUUACGCGCGCUAGAUGAAUGAAUAUAUCACGAGAAGCAUAACAAUUGUUGGACAAUAAGAAUGUUAUAAAGAUGAAAGAUUUAUAGAGAAAUACUCCCUCAUUGAGUUUCAAUGAUUGUUUCACUUUGUUGAUAUUGCAAAAGAAAAAUUCUUAUAUUCUACUUCUAUAUAGUAUAUAUAUACCUAAUUAUUAUACUUAGGUGUAUAAUGGUUAAAUUAUUUUCAUAUAUUCCACGUAAAAAUUUUAUCUAGAAAACUAUCUUGAAACACUUCCAGUUAUAUUAUUCAGUACAAUUGUUAGAAAAAUAUAAGACGAAAAGGUGUGGAACGUAUACGUUCGAAAUAUCUUAGAGACAGACUGGUGAUUUUUGUAGUUUAUAUUUUGUAAGCGAAAGUUGUUGCGAAGAUGAAUGUAAAGAUAUUUUUUGAGAAAUAAAAAGUUUUUGUAAUUUAA